CCGUGCUCAUUAGAGAAGACACACACCUAUAUUUAUAUUCAUACACAAAACUCAUUCAAACACAGCAGACCGAGGAGAAGCCGCCAUCACUGGGACACGCAGCAUGUGGGAGGAGAACUUUGAUACUGAGCAUGAGGUUGGCCAGAAGCUGGACUACUCGCCAGUGUCCUGGCGAGAAUAUUUUGACCAGAUGGAGGACGUGAGCGUGGGGCCGGCCGACAGCAGGGACGUCUACAGGAUCUAUAAAGCUGGGAGUGACGGUCCUCUUCUGGUUCUGCUGCAUGGAGGAGGACACUCGGCCCUGUCCUGGGCCGUCUUCACUACGGCCAUCACCAGCAGAGUGACCUGCAGGGUACUGGCCAUGGACCUCAGGGGUCACGGUGCAACUGAAGUCCACCAAUCAGAUGACUUCUCAACUCAAACUAUGUCCAGCGAUAUAGCCAACGUGAUUCGAGCCUGCUAUGGUGUGGCUCCUCCGCCCAUCGUCUUGAUUGGUCAUGGCGUUGGAGGGGCGAUUGCCGUGCACACAUCCAGUAGCAUGCUGUUACCAACCAUGGUGGGACUGGUGGCCAUAGAUGUCGUGGAAGGCAGUGCGAUGGAGGCGCAUCACAGCAUACAGAACUUCCUCAAGGGAAGACCCAAGUCCUUCAAAUGCAUGGACCAUGCUAUAGAGUGGAGUGUCAAGAGUGGACAAAUUAGGAACCUGGAAUCGGCCAGAGUCUCGGUGGUUGGUCAGAUCAUAAGAUGUGAGGUGGAGGAGACAGACACUCUGGAACAGGCCAGCCCAGUCCCCGAUGUGGUCGUUGAGCACAAUGAAGAGUCCUGCGAUCAAAGCUAUGUAGACGACAAAGAAGACACUGCCUCAGAGAGUGUGUAUAAGUGGCGUAUUGACCUGUCAAAGUCAGAGAAGUACUGGGAUGGCUGGUUUAGGGGAACCUCCCACCUCUUCCUGGCCUGUAACCUGCCCAAACUCCUGUUACUGGCAGGAAUCGACCGACUUGACAGAGAUCUGUCAAUCGGCCAGAUGCAAGGUAAAUUCAUGAUGCAGGUGCUGCCCCCCUGUGGUCACGCAGUGCAAGAGGACAGACCAGAAAGAGUGGCUGAGGUUGUGGCUGCCUUCCUGCUGAGACACAAGUUUGCUGAGGCCAUUAAGGAAACCAGGAGCCCAGAUUCUCUCACACAAUGAGGUCUGCCGGUUGGUGAAAUGUGGAGCUUCUUCCUGCUGCUUUGAAAACACAUGACUGCUUCCUCCAUUUUCACUGGGAAUUUCCAGCUGUUCUCACUGCUAACAUACACUCCGUGUCAUUUAUCUGCCCCUUUAAAAACCUGCUGUGUUGCUUCUCUGCGGCCACAAACGCAGCAACACCACGUUCAACAUUUUACCGUACGAAACGCAACAAACACUUUUGCAACACACUCAUCAGGCUAGCUACAGCUGCCUGAUGAGCUAGCCUUGCACCGCUAACGUACAGUGUUUGCUGUGUCCCAUUGAACGGUAACUAGCAUAUUUAGCAUCGUAGCAAUAACUGUAUUUUCUACUCACCCGGAAUCUUUUGAAAGGUGUUUAAUUCAAGAUGAACAUAUUCAACAUUCACAAGAAUUUUAAAAUAAAUGGGGGGCAGGGGGAGUAAAGACUAUUUGGUUUUAUAUGAACAGUUGGUGCAAAUUUCACGUGGAUUUUGUUGUAAAAUGCACAAAAAUGGUUUUACCACUUACACCUCAUCUCCACAUAGACUUAACACACUUUGUGCAACAGGAAGUUAGCAUUAAAAAUAAGCUAACUGUCUUUUAGCAUUAAAAAAGUAACUAGCUAAGAGGCUUUAAAAAAAAACAGUUAUGUGAGUUCCAAAAUAUCAUCUACAAUCACUGCACCGUUUGAGAAGUUUCUUUAAACAUCUGCCAUCUUGUUCUUGUGGUUAAAAUUUUAAAAACUGUUAUUUUUCAAGAAAAUCAAUUGCUUUUGAUUUUACUGCAGCUGUUUCCCAAUUUCUCAUGCUCAACUCCGAGAAUUAAUUAUGCUAAAAAAAAACUAUCAGCUAGCUAGGUAGCGAAUGUAAAACUGACUUGAGUUUAAUUUGAUAUUUGAAUGGUUGAAACAACAUAUGACAAAAUACAUUUUACACAUAUAAACAUUAGCAGUGAAACCAUAUAUAUAUGUAUACAUAUAUACAUAUAUGUAUAUAUAUAUAUAUAUAUAUAUAUAUAUAUAUAUAUAUAUAAAAACUGAGUAAUAUUUGACGUGAUACAGGAUUGAUUUUCAGGAAAAUCAGUGAGGGCCACCAUUUUUAUUUUGUGACCAAUGAAAGUGAGAAAGUGACCUGCCUGUUAGCUCAAGUCAAAGUUGCUAAUGUUAGCUCACAAAGUGUAAACUUUAGUGUUAGAGUGCUUGUGCUACCAUGAAUAGAUGAUAAUGUCUUGUCUGUUGUUUACGUAUUGUGCAUAGCAUAUUAGCAUUAGCAACAUUACAAAAAUGUGACUGUUGCACAUAAAGUUUACUGUGAUUUUA